UUACUUGUUGGUGCAGAUAUUGGAGAAGAAGAAGAAGGUUCACGACCUCAUAAAAAGAACUUCUUCCAGACUCGAUCCUCUUUCUCCCUUUGAUUCCUUCCGUCGUUACACAAAGAAUGACUUAUCUGUGUACCUGGAACCUGGCCGUGGAGAUAGACUAUCCUCAUCCCUGAAACAACACAUUCGAAAGCUCUUGAAGGUUCCAAUUCUUGAUUCGUCAAGUAUCAAGUGGGUGCAGCCCAACACUCUUGUUCGGUUCCGUGGAAUGAUACAGGACAUGCUUGGAAAUGAAUUCUAUGCUGGUGCUUACAAGGUUCCAGGACAAAACCAAUGGACUGAAUGUUCUUCUGUGGAGCUCAAGAACCGUUUUCUGGAUCUCACUGGUCAAAAACAGGGAGAAACGUGCAGGGUGGAUGAAGAAGGCUUAAUGGCUCACCUUCGUUGUCCUGGACUGUUUCUUGGUCAAACAGUUCGGAAAGGCAACACCAAGGUUCAGUUCAGCAAGGAGGCCAACAAUCUCUGCAACCUUAACUCCUACAACCACUCUGGUAAUUUUUAUUACAAUGAUCUUUGUUAUUAUCCUUAUAAUUAUGAUCUUCUUUUAAGUGAACUGAGAAAUAUGACAAGGAUACAUGUUUAUUUCUAAGGAUUUAUAAUGGAUAACACCAUUGGACUUA